AUGAAGCUCUUCUAUAUCGCCAUCUUUAGAAAUUCAAGCAAGCCCGCAAAGGAGCUUGCUUCUGCUAAGGAGCUCUCUAGUUUCAGUUUCUUUGAGCGCAAAAGUGUCGGCGAGUUCUUGACUUUCUUUGGAAACACAGUUGCCGAGCGAACUGCUCCAAGCCAGCGACAAAGUGUGGAAGAGAACAACUACAUCGCACACACAUACGCACGGUCCGAGGGUGUCGCAGGCGUCGUCAUCGCUGAUAAAGAGUACCCCAUCAGAGUGGCCUACAGUCUGCUCAACAAGCUUCUCGACCAGUUCCUGACGCAAUACCCACGAGGCCAAUGGGCCGAGGGCGAUGUUACACUCUCGUUCCCGGAGCUCGAGUCAAGCUUGGUCAAGUACCAAAACCCGCAGCAGGCAGACAGCAUCAUGCGCGUUCAACAGGAGCUCGAUGAGACGAAGAUCGUGCUGCACAAGGCUAUCGAGUCUGUGCUGCAGCGAGGCGAGGAGCUGGAUUCUUUGGUUGCGAAAUCUUCUGCUUUAUCGACGACUUCGAAAAUGUUUUAUAAGGAGGCAAAGAAGACCAACUCAUGCUGCGUCAUCGCCUAA